GUAGUUUAUAGUUGGGGACUUGAAGUAGAUGAGUGUGACAGCUUGGGAAAACACCGCGAGUGGCCUAAAGUGAAAAAAUCUCCGUUCAGGCUUCUUUGGUAUCAAUUAUUAAGGACUCAAUUUGUUUCAAUGACGACCGAUACUGAUAAUAAAAUAAAGCUUGAACGUCGUAACCAGCAAGAAGAAGAUGACGCGUUCAUUAAUCAAAACAGUAGCAGUGGAACUCCCUUCAAGGAACCCGGCAGUGGUAGGAUUCGGUCUCGAAUUAAGCCGAUGAUUGAAAAAGACAAGGCUAGCUUUUUGCAAGAUUUGGCGUUAUUUCACGAAAAGAAUGGAACACCAUUUCUGCGAUUGCCAAAGAUUUGCGGUCGAGAUAUUGACUUGCACCGACUUUAUUCUACUGUUAUUGGUCGAGGCGGUUGGUUGAAAGUAAAUGCUCGCGAAGACUGGGACGAAGUAAUCGAAGAGAUGAAACUUCCUAAACGAUGUGUUAACAAUGAGAUUGCCGUCAAGCAGAUUUAUAUUCGUUAUUUAGAUAAGUAUGAACGAGUAAAUUUUCACGGUGAAGAAAAAGACCCGGCUGAUGAUGAAGAUGAAGAGAAAAGGCAUAAUCGCAGAUGGUCAGCACGGAUGUUACAUUCAGUUCCUGCGGUAUACAAUCACUCGCAGCACAACGUUACGGAAUCUACACGAGCAUCACUAAAUAUGUCAUGUGAUAUGUACAAGCCAACGGAAUAUGAUAAAUUAAUGCUUUCGUUACUUUCACCUCUACCCAACGAGCAGGAUUUUGCCAUCAAUGUGUGCACACUGAUGUCGAAUGAAAGCAAGCAUACACUUAAAAUAGACAAAUGUCCUAAGCUAGUGCAAGUCUUGUUGGCUCACGGGGGAGUUUUUAACCAUUUUACUUUACGUGACAUGUUUGACGAAUAUUAUUCAAAUAUUAGAAAGCAUUCAUUGCAGCGCUUUUGGAAGGACUGCCUCUUUGAAAAACCACAGGUUUUAGAAUUAUCGUUUGACGAUUGUUUUCAAAAACUGGAACGUGAUCCAACUGAAUUGAUCAAGACUAUUUACUGUGAAGAUCUUAAUAAGAGCAUAGAAGACGAAGAUUGCGGCAGAUUGAACAUGGCUACUUUGAGAAAUUUUCUCAGUUUGGGAUCUGGUCUGGGAACAAAUGACUAUAUUGGACAACGUGUUCAGCAGAUUGCUCAAAUCUUCAGAAAUUUAAGCUUCAACGAUGAAAACGUUGUUGUUUUAGGAGCUAACCGAGAGUUUCUGCGAUUCUUGAUUAUGUGCGCAAAUGCUAGAUGGAAUAACUUGCAUCACACUGGAUUGGACAUGCUGGGAAACGUAGCUGCUGAAAUUGAUAUAAAUGAUCCACAAACUGAUUCAGUUACGAGAUGCUUGUUGUCAACUAUAUCGGAAGGUCUAGAAGGUGCGGACCGUGGAGUCAUCAUUAGUUGUUUAGAAAUUCUGAGUAAAAUAGCACAAAAGGAAAGCAAUGAAGAUAAUCUUACUCGAUGUUUAAAUCAGAACAUAUAUGAGCAAAUAUGUUUGUUUCUUUCAUUGAGCGAUAUUAUGCUCUUGUUGUAUACACUGGAAUGUAUAUAUUCAUUAACUUCGAUGGGAGAAAAACCUUGCGCUUCAUUAAUGCAUGUGACUGGAAUAAUCGACACUCUUGUUUCCCUUGUGACGGUAGAAGCACAGAGCUAUGGUCCUGAUGCUUGUAUCUUGAUGCGAGUAGUUGAAACAAUCCCUGGAAACAUAUCUGGUUUUUUUCCUAGCAACUCUAAUCAAAACGUGGGUUCAAUAAGUCAUCAACAAACCCCUAGUAUGGCGCAACUUACGGUGCAGCAGAAAGAACAACCUACAAUACCAAUCCCAAAUAUACCAGCUCUGCCGGAGAUACCGAAAAUUCCUGUGCCCAUAAAGUCACCUGCAUCAUCUCCGAUAAGUCAGUUGAAUCAAAUAAGUGCAGCUACUUCAACUGCUCAGUCAAAUCCUCCAAACGUUCAGGUUACAAGCGUAACACGACCAGCAGCUUCGCAAUCUCCUCAAAUUCCUAUCAACAUCAUUAGUCGUGGUGACCCAGCCCCUGUAUCCCCUAGAAUUUCGACAACAACGUUCUGUAACAACGCACCAGCUCAAACACAUACUUCAGCUCCCAUUACUGUAGCGGCCAAACAUGCACAGCAGCAACAGUCUCAAGAAAACGAACAGUUUGCUUACGCCUGGCUAAAGGCCACAUUUGAAAUCACAUCUUUGUCCAACAGAAUUGAACAAAAUGAAGUAUAUAAACUAUAUUUGGCAGCAAACGCAAAAAUUGGUCGUAAAGCCGUUGUUCCGCAAGCUCAUUUCCCACGCUGCAUGAGAACUGUCUUUGGGGGAACUGUAGGACCAACGCAGAUAAAAAAUGAUCAGAAUGGUGUAGAGAAUAAUUUUUACUACGAAGGUAUCAAACUACGUCCAAAGCCAUCGCCACUGGGGGCAGCUUCUCAGCAAAAAGGAACCACUACGACUGCAACCUUAGACAAACCCUCAGGUAUUACGAGUAGCAAUAACACGCUUAAUAAAACAUCUAGUCUACUAAAGCAUGCUGAGGAAAGGAGCAAUCCGUUUGUAACAAACACUGGAAAUCCUAACAUAAUUUAUCAUGACUUACCUAAACGAACGCCAACUACAGUCAACAGUGUGAUCAGCAAAACUUCGAUAGUAACGAACGUCACGAAGUCUAACCUCGCACCUCUCGGAGCUCAACCGAUGUUAACUAAACAGACAGUUAUACAGAAACCUACUUCUUCAUCGCAACAGCAAAAACAACAGCCACUAUCCACCAAACCAAUCACUAAUCCACCACCACAGCUUGUUGGUGGCGGAACUGGUACGACAUCUAGCACAAGUGGAAAACAACAGAUAUUUGUGACUCAGCUUGGAGGCAAAAAUGUGGUAAUCAAUCAGGCGAAUGUGUGUAAGUCUUCGCAGUCAAAUCAACCAGCUCAAAUAUUGCAACAAGUUUUAAACAACAAUUCUUCGAACGACCCAAAGAGCAAUGUAAUUGUAGUCAAUCAAACUACUAUUUCUCCUCAACCGCUCGGAGCGGUAAUAGCGCCACCACAGCCACCGCAGCAAACGACAGGAACCACCACUAUCAUGAACCAGUCUGGUACGAUCUCUUCAACGACUACAAAUCCGUCGGCACUUAUUAAAAGUCUGUUGGCAAACAAGGUAACAACGGUGACGAGCAGCGAAACCUUUCUCACUGCUACCAGCAGUAGCAGUGCCGGCUGCGUCGUAGUUUCGUCCCCUGCUACUAGUAGUUUGUUGUCUACUACCACUUGCAACACUAGCAUCAUUCCUUCUACUUCUUCCAUUAGCAAUAGUUUGAUCGCAUCAAAUGUUAACGUGCAUCAGGUUGCCCAACGUCAACAACUAUUGAAACAAAAGCAAAUGACUAUAUCAUCGUCUACUACGAGAGAAAAUCAACAUCCUAAUAGCUCUGUUGUAGUGACUUCAAACAAUCCCAACAAUCUGACCAAUAUUAAGGUUGGAAACUCUACUAUCUCUAUCAAACCAGGAACUCUUCCAACCAACACUGUUAUAACGGCAACAAAUUCUCAGGAGAUGGAGUCUGCACACGUUCAAGCUAACCCACCGCCAUUGGCACCCCUAAGCCAGUUAACAGGAACGAUUAUUAAGCCCAUAACGAACAACAAGAUGCUCACUGAUCUAUUAGAUAAGCAAACCAAUGAUCCUCCGAUGUUUUCCAUUGGUGAGACAACAGUGAAACGCAAGAGUGAAGUCGAGUGCACCGAUCCUCCUGCGAAGAAAUUGGAUUUAAUAGACGUAGAAGAUGUUAAAGUUACUCCAAAGGCGGCAGAUUUAUAUGCUGAGCUAGCUGGGUCUAUUCUGGCCGAUGAGGAUCUAGAGGAUAUCGAGAUGAAAAUCACAAAAGAAGAGCCUAAAAUGAAGGUACAAACAGCUCCAACGCAAGUGAUUACGAUGCCAGUUCCUAUGCAACGGCAAAUUAUUGUCAACCCGAACAAUCCACAGCAAAUGCUUCUAUCACCUGGUGGUACUGGUCAACAAUUGACUGCUCAAACUACAGCAACUAUAAAAACGGAAACGGGUUAUCAAACGGUCCCGGUGAUUUUGCAACACAAUCAAAAUCCAAUUCAGUUACAGAAAACGGCCCCUGUUAUGCAGCCGACUGUUAUCACCAACCCUCAGCAGCCUACUCAAUACAUACUCGCCACAAAUCCACAAGGGCAAACUUAUGUCGUAGCCCAACAAGCGCAACCACAGUCUCAAAUUCAACAGACAGUUCUUUUAACUCAAAGUCCUCAGCACGGAUCUCAACAGAAAACAAUAAUUAUUCUUCAACAGCAGCCGGCCCAAAACACGACCUCUCAAAUGCAGACCCAACAGUUUGUGCAAGGAUCGUCUCAAGUACCGCAAAAAGUGUUCGUCAACCAACAGGGCCAGCAAAUCAUUAUGACGCAGAUGCCUCGGCAAGUGCAACAUCAGACAAUACUUGCUUCACCUGGUGGUCAAGUUGUGGAGAAAAAACCAAUCUAUAUUACAACUAAUCAACAGGGAAAUACAAUCAGUAUUGAAGGACCCACACAGCAGAUCAUUAAAACGAACCAACCCACAACACAAUUGAUUCAAACCCAUUUGGGUCAACCGCAACAACAGCAACAAACCAGCAAUCAACAAAUUCAGCAAAUUUUGCAUCAAAGCGGAUCGCAAACUUUUCAAAUCAUUCAACAACCUCAGCAAUUGACGUCUGCCCAGCAAACACAGCAGAUUAUGAUACAACCACAGCAACAACCCCAGCAAUCGCAAAUUGUCAUUCAAUCCCCAUCAACGCAACAACUUCAGCCACAAAUAAUUUCACAGCAAAUAAUACAACCAGCUACGCAACAACAACUUGUCGGACAGAAGGUUUUGCAACAAAAAGUUCAACAGGGUCAGAAUCAACAAAUAAUAACAGUUCAAAAACAGCAAGUUGUAACUCAAACAAAUCCCUUACAAACAUCAGCAACCAAAUCGGCACAUUCGUCACAGCAACAGCACAUUGGACAACUCCCAACUAAAACUAUCAUAGUUCAACAACAACCGUCCUCUUCCGGCACACCCCAAAAGCAGAUUAUACAAGUAGUUCAGCAAAAAAUUUCUACCCCAAUUUCAAAAUCACAACCAACCCAACAAGCUUCAAAACCAGUCAUUCAAACCCAUGCAAACAUCAAACAAUCAAAUCAAGUACAACAAACAACAGUAGCAUCCGCGACUGGGCCAAUUGUUACGUCCGUUAGUGGUUCAACAAAAGGUAUCACAAGCACUGCAAAUUCUACGUCUCUUUCAACUUCUCUUGCGCCUUCUCCUACUUUAAUACCUUCAACUUCAGCACCAAUAUCUAACCUUCAAUAUUCAGAUUCCACUAUUAUAUCAACCACAUCUGUUGCAACAUGUGCUGUUACUUCAUCUUCCUCAGCUACGACAAGCAGUAUUGUUUCAACACCAAUUCCACCUGUGGCAACUACCAUUCCUGUCGCUGGAACCAAUAGUACUAUUCAAAUGAUACCCGCCAUGGAUCCGGCCAAAGCAAUUGACGAGGACGUUGAGCUAAGUUGGCCAUGGGUUUGUGACUGGCGUGGCUGUCCCCGAAAAAAGUAUGCAUCUGCAAAUGAAGUUUACAUGCACGCAUGCGCAGUGCAUUGUCCCGAUACAGUAGACUCAACCGCUGAUAUUUAUUGUCAGUGGGGAGUGGGACCAAAUUUAUGCGACAAUCUCCCACGAAAAAGGUUCUCCCUAAUGACGCACUUAUUCGACCGGCAUUGUACUAGUGAGUCCUUCAAACUAGCAGUUCAACGAAGAUUAACUGGUGCACAACAACCGCAGCAAGCAUAUCCGGUAACACUAGUUCGACAAUCGGCGGCUGCUACGCCUCCGGGAUCUUCAGCUUCAUCAACGACCUCAGAGAGCUCUACGCAACCCUCGAGUGCAGCUGUACAUCAAGGUCCUGGUCAUCUUUCUGCAGCUGGUCCAGCAGCACUACAUGCUAUUAAACGGCAUGCAACUGAUUGGACGAAUGCUAGAGAAUUUCAGGAUGAUAUCGAGGGACCGGUAACUAAAAGCAUUCGUUUAACUUCAGCUCUUAUACUGAGAAAUCUCGUGGUAUACAACAACACAGCAAGAAGGAAUUUAAGAGCAUACGAACCACACCUUGCUGGAAUGGCAAUGAAUAAUGUAGAAUCUAGCCGCACAAUCUCACAAGUGUUGUUCGAAAUGAAUGACACCCAGCAUAAUUUUUAAAAACAUUUGAUAUUUGCUUUUUUAUAAAAAAGUAUUUUCAUUAUCGUAAGCAACAUGAAAAUAAACUUCGCAAAUUAGGCAAUC